AAGUUCUCCUUCGGUUUUAUACCAGCGAGCUGCGAGAGAAAGACAUAAAGCGGUCGUCGGAAGCAGCUGCACUAUGGAGCACUUGGGUCCAGGUUCGCAGAUAUGGCUAUGGAUUCGGUUUCAACGAAUCUCUCGAGAUACCUACCCAAGGCCCUUGAAACCGAUGAGGAACCGGAGAUCGAUCAUAGGUCGGUCAUUGGCAAGAUAUUAGGAUCCUAUCGCGAAUGCGAAGAAAAAGACAUAUUACCUGUUUUUUUUGUGGCUCUGUACGCGUUUCGACACUUCAAUACAUGGUGCGAGAUUGUAAGUGAAAAUGAUGUUAUGUCGUCCGUCGUCGCGCCGAUUUUACGUGAAUUUAUGACUAUACCAGACCAUAUAAAAUUCAAAUGUCUUAACAGCACGUCGACCGCGAGCGGGAACAGAAAAGUUGCUUUGGCCCAAGAUGGACAAGCCAGGCAACCCGACAUUGUGGGUCGAACCCGGGAAAAACGUGAGGUAUAUUAUGGAGAAAUCAAGGGUACCCGCCCCACAAUACAGUCAAAGAAUGCGGAUUCCCUCCGUAUUGCCAUUUUUACAAAAGACAGCCUCGAUAGUCUGCUCCCCGGUCUUGAAGAAGAUCUGCCACUCAUAAGCUUCCAGUCUGUCGGGCCUGAGAUAGUGUUUUUCCUUGGUGCAAUGAUUGGCAAUACUGUCAUCCAUGCAAAGAUCUCUGAGCUUAGAAUGCCAACUUGUUCAUCCGAACUUAGAUCAAUGGAUCAAGUCUUUUUCCUCAAAUUGUUUCAGAUUCAAUCAUUGGUCCGGAUUACCAGCAAGCGCCUAAAGGGAAAGCGACAAAAGCAUGUAGAAUGCAGCUCAUUUCCAACACUGGGCACGCCUUUUCGAAACAUGUCACUGGGGAUUCGGUCCAAAUUGAAGGUCAAGCGCGGGGACAAAAAUGUCGCGGAGGAGAAGGAGCUCAAGCGCAAGAAGAGAACAGCGUAAAUGAUAUGGAGGAGGAGGACUCCGUAUAACUCAAU